GUCGCGGAAUUCAAGUUUUACACGGUAGAAAAUGAUGCUUAAAGCGCAAUUAUUUAUUAUUUAAUGAUAAUCCAGACUAUCACCACUGUUUUCUUCAAAGGUUCCUGUUAAACAGUUGUUUACUUUCGAUUUGUUGUCGAUACUAGUUAAAACUCUUCCUCCUUAAAACGUAAAGGGAAAUCAUGCUGCAAAAGAAAUGAAAUAAUAAUGUCUGCCAUAUAUUCACCAAAUGGUCUACCCAUGGUCAAUGGGGAAAGCCCAAGAAUAGAACUCCGUCACUCACCCGGAAGUUUAAAUGGUGGGACGUCUUUCGAUGUGAUCACUCCGCCUAGUUCUGGACAGAGAACUCCAGCAGAUUUGAGUUAUGUUAAUCCAAUGGGAAUGGGACAAAUAUCUAUGACUGAUGUUACACUGGAACAGGCUUUGGAACGAGUCCAGGAACUGAUGAAGGAAAACAAAGAUUUAAGAGACUAUAUGAAGGAAAACAAUGAGAUGAUGAGACAGCAGUACGAGGCUCUGGCUGAGUAUAAAACGAGGGUCCAAGAAAGUAACGCACAAAACAAGGACAAGUUUGAACAGACACGCAAUGUCAUUCUGGAACUGAAGAAGGAAAACACAAAACUAAGAUCAUCCUUACAGUCACAGGCUGAUGAAGCAAAUCUUGCACUGACUGAAAAGCUCACAGACCAGGAGAGGACAACAACAAAACUGAAGGAAGAAAAUUCUGUCAAGGAUCAGGAGAUUGGCAUUCUUAGACACCAGUUAAAAGAACUUUCUCUUCACAACCAGUCAAAUCAGGGCAGGGAAAGUGAUGUGGUCUUUGUUGCCAACACAAAGGAGGAUGAAGAAAGGCUGAGGAAGGCAGAAUCUGAGCGAGACAGUCAUGCCAAAGAGGUGGAAACACUGACCCUAAAGAGACAAGCUGACAAAGAAGAAAUUUCAAAAUUGAAAACUGACCUUAAUAUGAAUAAAAGAGUGCAAGAUGAAUAUGAUAUGUUGUCUCUUGAAAACUUGGAACUAUCAAACAAAUUAAGAGCAAUGAUAAAUGAAAAUAAAACACUGAAAGCAGAAAUCAAAAAGAAGAAAUUAGAAGUUGCGGAUUUGAUGAGUAGCAUGGAGGAACUUUCAAAGAAAAACCAAGAAAAUGAGGAGUUGCUUAAAAGUGCUGGCUAUACCUUGAUGGAAGGCUCUCCCAAACCAGGGGAUAGAUGGGAGUUCCCAUCUCGAGAAGAAGACCAGCGACAAAGACAGGGCAUGCGUGUGGCCACACCCUCAGAGGUCAUGGUUCAGAUUCAAGAUAACAGCAAGGUAGAGCAACUUCAACGACAGCUGUCACAGAAAGAACGACAGAUGGAUGAGCUUGUUAUGGAGCUACACCAGAAGGACCAGGAGUUGCUGCACCUCCGAGAUACUAACAGCAAGCAGGUGCAGUCACCAACAUACACUGGCGAUGUACAGAGUUUGAUGUCCCAGAAUAUGGCGUUGAUGUCAGAAAUCAAGGAAACAAGUGUGAAAUUAGAAUCAGCUAAACUGGCUGUGGAAAAGAAAGCAAACAGAAUUGCCGAACUGGAGGAGAGAUUAAAGGUGCAUGACGGCUUCAUGUCACAAAGAGAUGAGGACAACGCAAUAAUGGAAUCCUUACGUAUGUCUCUCAAAGGAUUCGAGGAAGCACUCAAUGCAGAACGCAGGGAACACCAGAACACCAAAAAACAAUUGAUGGAAUUGAAGCAAACUUUUAAUAAUCUUACUGCUGACUACAAAAGUAUACUGCAGAAUUUUGAGUCCUUCAAGGAAAACAGUUUGAAACAACAGAAAAUGUCAAUUGACCCCUGUGAGAAACAAAGACUACUGGACAAAAUCAGCCAGCUUACGGCAGAAAUGGUAUCUGGAGAAGAAGCUGGGAAAUACCGUGAUUCACAGAUGAAGAGGAUGAAAGAAGAUAUUGAAAAAUUGAAAAUAGACAAUGAAACCAUUCCAGUUCUGAGGGCACAGGCUGAUGUUUGGAAGCAGGACUUUGAUGCAGAGAGGAAUUCCAGAGAAAGACAGCAUGCAGAAAACCAACAGUUAAGACAGGAGGUUCACAGUCUACAGCUUCAGAAUCAACAGUUAAUGGAUGAGCUAGAGACACUGUCUAAGGGCCAGUUUGCUGAGAUGCAGCGUAAACACGUUGGAGCUGGAUCUCACCAGCAACAGAUGCAGAACUAUCUUCAGGUUGGAGGAUCACCCACUCCUGUUGUCCACAGACCCCCUAUACAGUACCCAUACCAGGAAAAUAUCAAUGUGACACCCCCAGCACCCCACACACAACAACAGCCAGCUCACCGUUAUGUAAACUAUCCCUACCCCACUCAGCAAUAUCCAGGUGGGGUGGAGGCUCACCAAGCACAGUCGAUGUCACGGGGAAGUGGAAGCCAGCAAGAGGAUAAUGACUACCAGCCUUACUGUUGUCCUAAGUGUAACGCACAAUGUCCUGAUGUUGACACCCUCCAGAUACAUGUUCUAGAUUGUAUUGAUCAUUAAACACUCAAAACAACACUCUUAACAAACACAUCACAACCCUACAGACUUAACACUCUUAACAAACACCUCACAACCCUACAGACUUAACACUCUUAACAAACACCUCACAACCCUACAGACUUAACAUCUAAACAAACACAUCACAGCCCUACAGACUUAACAUCUAAACAAACACAUCACAACCCUACAGACUUAACACUCUUAACAAACACAUCACAACACUACAGACUUAACACUCUUAAAAAACACAUCACAACCCUACAGACGUAACAUCUAAACAAACAUAUCACAACCCUACAGACUUAACACUCUUACCAAACACAUCACAACCUACAGACUUAACACUCUUAACAAACACCUCACAACUCUACAGACUUAACACUCUUAACAAACACAUCACAACCCUACAGACUUAACAUCUAAACAAACACAUCACAACCCUACAGACUUAACACUCUUAACAAACACAUCACAACACUACAGACUUAACACUCUUAAAAAACACAUCACAACCCUACAGACGUAACAUCUAAACAAACAUAUCACAACCCUACAGACUUAACACUCUUAACAAACACCUCACAACUCUACAGAUUUAACACUCUUUACAAACACAUCACAGCCCUACAGACUUAACACUUUUAACAAACAUAUCACAACCCUACAGACUUAACAUCUAAACAAACACAUCACAACCCUACAAACUUAACACUCUUAACAUACACAUCACAACCCUACAGACUUAACAUCUAAACAAACACAUCACAACCCUACAGACUUAACACUCUUACCAAACACAUCACAACCCUACAGACUUAACAUCUAAACAAACACAUCACAACCCUACAGACUUAACAUCUAAACAAACACAUCACAACCCUACAAACUUAACACUCUUAACAUACACAUCACAACCCUACAGACUUAACAUCUAAACAAACACAUCACAACACUACAGGCUUAACACUCUUAACAUACACAUCACAACCCUACAGACUUAAAAUCUAAACAAACACAUCACAACACUACAGGCUUAACACUCUUACCAAACACAUCACAACACUACAGGCUUAACACUCUUACCAAACACAUCACAACA